AUGGAAGACAAUACAAGCGAUCCAAGAAUCGUUACAAUGCCUGAAGAUUCGGAAGCCGUAGAGGCAGCGGCGGCCGUUGAGGACGCCUCCCUGAUCGGCGGCGGCGUCCAAAUUGAAGAUCCAGAUCUACCGGCAGUUGUAGUCCCAGUCGUAGAGGACGCCUCCGUGAUCGGCGGAGACGAAUGUGGCCCCGUCGUCAAUGAACCGAUAUUGAACAGCGGUGGUGGAGAGAAUACAAGUGAAAAAGAAACAGUGAUAAUUCCUCAAGAAUCCGCGGCAGUCGAAAAUAAAGCUCUCCAUGAACCAACAUUGAACAUGGGUGAAUCAUCUAUGCAAGAAAAUACAAGCCAGGCAGAAAUGGUUACUGUCCCAGCCGUUGAAAAUGAAGCUACAUUGAAUGGUGUUGGGUCUUCUAUGAAAGAUGAUAAAGAAGUGAUAAUUCCAGGAGAUUCUUCAGUUCAAGAUGUAGAUAAGGAAGUUGAUCAUACACUGACAAUAUUUAAAGGAGGUGAAUCUAGUGGUAUGGAAGAGGCAAAAAUGCAGAUAAUACCCAUACCCGUACCCGUACCAGUAUCAACAUUCUCAGUCACAGUCGUUGAGGACGCCUCCGCGAUCAAAGAAGACAUAAUUGGCUCAAUCAAAACUGAUUUAGAUCCUACUAGUGCGAUAUUCACUACUCCUACCAAGAGAAAGCGAGGCAGGCCGAAGAAGAUUCUGGGGUCACCCUCAACUCUAGCAAAAGUAGAGAACAUUACUACCGUCAGCUUAACACCACCCAAGCCGUCACCCCAAUCUCCUGCGACGUUCCCUCUGAUGAGACGCAGAGGGAGGCCUCCAGGCUCUAAAAAUUUGCAAAAGCAAUCUGCUACUGGAGAAAGUGUAAUUCCUCGUAUACUGUUGGUGCAAAAAGGAGAGGAUAUUAUUGAAAGGUUGGAUUCAUUAACGAGGAUUGAUGGAAGUACAAUCUUUAUUAUAUCUGGCGUUGGUCAAGUUUCAACUGCACAUAUUCAAUCUGGUACUUCCCUUGAUGGGAUUUCAAGACAUGAGGAGGGGCCUUACACUCUAUUGAAUCUAACUGGUACAUAUGGGUUUAAUAGCGAAGCAGGGCGAACAGGCUUUAUGACUGUAAUGUUGGGUAGUUCUAGUUGUCACGUUAUUGGCGGUCUCUUGGCAGGCGCUCUUGUUGCAGCUGGACCAGUCCAAAUUGUUCUUGGAAGUAUUGAAGACAAAAGGAAUCAAUUUGUCAAGAGACAAUGUGUUGGAUCUCCGAGUAAAUUGAAUUCGCCUAGGGUUCGAGGGAAGAGUCCCAUAGUUGAAAUGCCGACAUCUUCUUCGCCUUCACCUACAUCUUCUUCGCCUUCAUCUUUUUCUCCUGAUAAUAAUGAUGAAAAUGUAGAUUCAAAUUGA